GGCGCUUAACUCAUCUUGUGUUUUCGAGCUUUUGAUUUCUCUCAUCAGCUGUUAGAGUUAGAACUGAACCAGAGAGAGGUGAAAGAUGGCUUCGAAUCUGGUUCUAAUAUCCCGUCAACUGCGGCAAAAAUUAUCGAAUUGUGGCACUCUAUCAAUUGCUAGAAACAACCUCAUCCGUGCUGGUUUUGCAAGCGAUGUUUCCAAUCUGAAGGACACUCAGAAAGAUGCCAAAGAACUCUUGGCUAGCCCUGAAGAGCAGGCGCACCGAAAGCAGAUGGAAGGCUACAUCACAGUCGAUGCCAAGGUCGACAUCUCACCAGUAACCGGUGUGCCGGAGGAACACAUCAAAAACCGAAGAGUGCGGAUCUUCGUGCCGGCGAAAAAUUCAAUGCAAUCUGGCACUGACAACAUUAAAGCCUGGCAAAUGGAGUUUGAGACCCGUGAAAGAUGGGAAAACCCUCUCAUGGGCUGGGCCUCCACUGGUGAUCCUCUCUCCAACAUGAAGAUUCAGUUUAAGGACAAAGAAGAUGCGAUCGACUACUGUGAAAAGAAUGGCUGGAAAUGGUAUGUUCAAGAGGCAAAUACCAAAACUCCUAAGCCGAGGUCAUACGGAAUGAAUUUCCACUGGAGCAAGAGGUCCCGUGUUUCCACCAAGUAGAAUUGGGGCUCCUAUAGAUUGAACCCUUAAUAACGAUGCUAUGUAAAUUAUGGUUAAAUUAAAACUGUUGAUAUGUGUAAGAA